AUGGUGGCCAGCCAAUGCCUGGCCAUGGGCAACGGUUCGAUAAAAGCCCCGCGGGCUGAGGAGAACAGCUGCCUGGCCUCCAUCCACACAAAUCCCCCUGCCCCGGACACAGACGUCCUCAGACUGCGAAUUACCCACCUGGAGGCAGAGCUGGUGCGUCGGGACCAAGAGUUUCGAGCCCAGGAGCUGCAGUUACAGUAUCUCCAGAGAGAGCUGGAGGCCAAGAUCUCCCAGAUUGACAAGCUCCAGGACGCUAUUGGUUACAACAACAGCCUAGGUCGUUCUCCGCCAGCCCUCUGCCACCACAGCCACCGCCGCUUCAGCGUCAUCAACCAGGGUCCCAGCCGCUUUCACAAGGUGGCGGUGGAGGUCCACCGCAGGCUCAAAGCAAAAGAGGGUGUCUCUGCUGAACCCACCUCAGAGAACUUCUGUGGAGGGUUCAGAGCAGCACACAUCUCCAUCGCAAAGGCCAUCCGCAAAGACUCACAUACCAAGAAGCUCAUCAACGAUGCCAUCAUGAACAAUGACUUUCUGAAGAGGCUGGAGCCACAGCACACGAGGGAGAUGGUGGACUGCAUGUAUGAGAAGGUUUACACCGAGGGACAACUGGUAAUCCAGGAGGGGGAACCUGGAAAUUACCUCUACGUACUGGCAGAGGGCUUGCUGGAGGUCAUCCAGAAUGGGAAGCUGCUGGGGGAGAUGCGUCCUGGGACAGCUUUUGGAGAACUUGCCAUACUGUACAACUGUAAGAGGACAGCCACUGUUAAAGCUGUGUCCCAGUCUCACAUGUGGGCACUGGACCGCCAGACUUUCCAGACCAUAAUGAUGCGGACCACACAGGCCAGACAUGAGGAGUACUUCAGCUUUCUGCGCAGUGUGUCUCUGCUGCAAGGAUUACCUGAAGAGAAACUAGCCAAGAUUGUUGAUUGUCUUGAAGUGGACCACUUUGAAAAAGGGGAGCAUAUUAUUCGAGAGGGUGAAGAAGGGAACACAUUCUUUAUUAUUGCAAAAGGAGAGGUCAUAGUCACUCAGAGCACAGAGGGGUUUGCUGAACCACAGGAAAUCAAGACAUUGGGAGUUGGAGACUACUUUGGAGAAAAAGCUCUCAUCAGCGAGGACGUUCGCUCAGCCAACAUCAUCUGCAAUGAGAACGACACCCACUGCUUGGUGGUAGACAGAGACAAUUUCAACCAAAUGGUGGGGACGUACGAGGAACUUCAGGCUUACCUGAAGGAAUAUGUGGAAGAGCUUUCCAGGAGUGAUGAGAGGAGAAAUGCCCUGCCCCACUCACCUCAGAUUGAUUCUGCAGAAGCCCAGGAGCUGAGGAGGCUGAAGGAGAGGAUUGCUCUCCUGCCUCAGCACAAGCCUUUCCAGGAGCUCGAGGUCAUAGCUACGCUGGGCAUGGGAGGAUUUGGACGAGUGGAGCUGGUAAAGCUGAAGGAUGAGGACAUAACGUUUGCUCUGAAGUGCAUUAAGAAGCAGCACAUUGUGGAUACCAGACAGCAGGAGCACAUCUACUCUGAGAAAAACAUCCUUCAGCAAACAAACUCACCAUUUAUCAUCAGGUUAUUCCGAACAUUCCGGGAUGAUAAGUUCAUCUACAUGCUGCUCGAGGUGUGUCUUGGUGGAGAGCUGUGGACUGUGCUGCGGGACAUGAGUUAUUUUGAUGAUCCCACAGCCAGGUUUUGUACUGGUUGUGUCUUAGAGGCCUUCGAUUACCUCCACACUAUGGGCAUCGUCUACAGAGAUCUGAAACCUGAAAACCUUCUACUGGAUGCUCAGGGUUAUGUCAAAAUGGUGGACUUUGGCUUUGCUAAAAAGAUUGGCCUUGGGAAGAAGACCUGGACAUUCUGUGGGACUCCUGAGUAUGUGGCCCCAGAGGUCAUCAUGAACAAAGGCCAUGACUUUGGAGCUGAUUGCUGGUCCUUGGGAAUCCUCAUAUUUGAACUUCUCACUGGAAACCCGCCCUUUGCUGGUUCAGACCCCAUAAAGAUUUACACCAUGGUCCUCCAUGGCAUUGAGAAGGUGGACUUCCCCAAGAAAAUAGGCAAGCGUCCAGAUGACCUCAUCAGGAGACUCUGCAAGCUAAACCCAGUAGAGAGGCUGGGAAACAAAAAGAACGGCAUCAUUGACAUCAAGAAACACAAGUGGUUCCAGGGCUUCAACUGGGAGGGCCUGAGGCAUCACAAGGUGCUGUCUCCACUGAGGAGAGAGCUGAAGGGGCCAAUGGAUCACAGUUACUUUGACAUGUUUCCUCCCGACACAGAGGAGCCUCCUGACGAGCUAUCUGGCUGGGAUAAAGACUUCUGA